UUUUAUUUUUAUUUUUACUCCAUCCUCUUCAGUGAGUUCCUCAUAAUAAUAUCAUGCGAAUGUUUCCAAACCUUCCAUCUUCUGCUCUGUUUCCCGCUCUCUGUCCUCAAGAAUGUCUGAAAAUCCAUUGCAGGUUCUCAUCCAAACCUUUGAGAAAGUCUCCAACUCCGUUCAAACCCAUCUCACCAAUCUGAUUGGCCAGCCUCACAACCCAUCAUCCACAAGUAAUAAGCCCCUCUUGUCUUUCUCUUCCUCAUCCAAAGUAAACCCAUCAAGCAUCGACUUGGCUCCCCUUCUCCAGCCCGAAGACAUUAUCAAGAAGGUCUCCGUUUGUACUUCUCAUCCACUACGCCGACUCAAUCACUUUGUUUCUCAAAUUGGAAAUUCUGCUGCACCUGUGACUAAAGAAGAGCUUGGAAUGGCCACUUGGACUUUUCUUCACACCCUUGCUGCUCAGUAUCCAGACAAUCCGACAAGACAACAGAAGAAGGAUGUUAAAGAAUUGAUGGCGAUAUUAUCUCGAAUGUACCCUUGCAAGGAAUGCGCAGAUCACUUUAAAGAAAUUUUGAGAACAAAUCCUGUACAGGCUGGAUCUCAUGCUGAGUUCUCUCAAUGGCUAUGUCAUGCACAUAAUGUUGUUAACAGAAGCCUCGGCAAACUGGCAUUCCAGUGUGAGCGAGUUGAUGCAAGGUGGGGCAAGCUGGAGUGCGAGCAGCGGGCAUGUGAUCUACUAGGGGAUACAACAGAAUUUGGGGAAGGAACAUAUAAAAAGUUGUAGGUAUUGAAUGCAUUAGAAAGCAAAUAUUUUUUCAAAUGGAAGUUUACAAGUGGUGAUCGUUUUUGUUAUUGUUGGUGAUAUAGUCCAUCUUGGCUAGGGAGAAAAAAGAGAGAUACAAUUGACAUGUAAUUAUUGUGUUGCAAAUCCAUAUAUUUGGGUGCUACCUUUUGUUUACCAUCAUUUUGCUAUGUUAGCGUGCCGAACAUUUGUAAUA